AUGGAUAUAAAAAAUUUUAUAGUCGGGGAUGAUGACGAUGAUAAUGAAGAAACGAUUGACAAAGAAUUAACACAACAAAUCAUAACAAUCUUUAAAGAUUUUAAAGUGGAUGUAACCCAAACAUCAAAUUCAAAAAAUAAAAUAGAUGAAAACCAAAUCAAUCAAAGUAGUCAAGACAAAAUAGAAGAAAUUAUGAAAAGAAAAGAACUUCAAUAUGAUGAAGAUGAAGAUGAAGAUGAUGAUGUAAUAUAUGGUGAUGGUGAUGAAGAAUAUUAUGAAGAAGAUGUUGAUGAUGAUAAUGAUGACAAUGAAAAUGAUGAAAAUGAUGAAGAUGAUGAAGAUGAUGAUGAAGAAUAUUUCGAAGCUGAUAACACUUCUCCAAUAAUUAAAGCUAACAAUAGCAUUAAUAAUAAUAAUAAUAAUAAUAAUAAUAAUAAUAAUAAUAAUAAUAAUAAUAAUAAUAAUAAUAAUAAUAAUAAUAAUAAUAAUAAUAAUAAUAAUAACAACAAUGUAAAUAGUAUCAAUGUAAAUAAUAAUAAUAAUAAUAAUAAUAAUAAUAAUAAUAAUAAUAAUAAUAAUAAUAAUAAUAAUAAUAAUAAUAAUAAAAAUAAUUUCCAACCAAUUGUUGAUAAAACAUAUAAUAAUAUUAAAUUACCAAAUAAUUUCCCACCAAUUACUGAUAAAAUACAAAAUUGUAAAAAUUAUUUUAAUGAAUCAAAUUCUAAAAAGAAAACUGGAAAAAUUCUAUUCUCUAUUGAUAUUUCAGAAUUAAUUGAAAUUUCAACAGAUUCAAAUUUUUUAAACUCACAAAAUAUUUAUUCACUUGGUCAAUUGGCAACAAUUGAAGAUGCACUUGUUGAUAUGUUGGUUGAUUUAGGUGAUCCUUUACUUGGUGAAAAUUUUGAAUCAAUUAGAGUUUAUCAAGAUAUGGCAAGAGUAAUGUUGAAAGCUAGUGCUGAAUCAGAAAUUCUCUCACAACAAGAGGCUCAAGAGUAUAUUAAUUCCAAUUUUACUCUACCACAAAUCAAUAGAUUAUCACCAGUGUUAAUUUUAAAAGGGGCAACUAUUGAAGAUGAAGUUAGAUUCAAAAAAUUGGGUAUUUUAACAUUGGAACAAUUAAAAGAGUCCCACGAUAGAGCAGUCAUUGUAAAUGAUGGUAGAAUGUCAUUUUAUAGUUUUAUGGCAAAGAAACUUUUACAAUAUAAAUCACAUCUCAAAGAGAUUGGUCAAGAUGAUAGUGCUCAUUUAGCAACCACCAUUUUGAAAAAUGUUCCAAAGAUACCAGAUCCAAUCAUCAAAGUUUAUUACUAUUGUAGUUUAGAGGUGGCAGAGUUUAUUAGACUCAACAAAUCAAUUAAAUCUCCAAAAACUCUAUUUGAAGAGUAUACUAAAGUACCUGUAAACAUUAGAUUCAAUCAUCCUUGGAGAAAGAUUUUCUUUACCUAUCACCAAUCAGCCUCUCGUUUUUGUGGUACUUCAUCUCCAACUGAUCUUGAUGUCUAUUCUUAUUUGGUUUGGAGAACAGCUUCCUCAAGAGGUUUAGCUUCUGAAAAUUGUAUUAAUGGUGUAAAAGCACUUCAAUUAUUUUGGAAUCCAUUACCAUAUGAUUUAGAUUUAGGAAUUUAUUCAAAAGAGUUUGAAUGUAAAGUUGAAAUUAAUUUAACAGAAUUAUUAAAAGAUAAACAAAAUUUAGUUUAUUAUUGUUCAAGAAAAGAAGGAUCAAAUACAUUGGAAAAAGAUGUUUGGUUAAAAGCAACCAACAAUGAUAUUCAAAGAUUAUCUAGAAAUAAUUUCUGGGAUCUUUAUACAAAUGGAGAAGAUCCAAAGUUAUCAAUCCCACACCUUUCAUUGGUUACUUUGGAUGGAAAUAUUUUGGUUGAUGAAAACUUUUAA